AUGUCGGCCCAAUUCACAGAAGGUGGUGACGACCCAAGUCGACGAAACUUUGCCUGCGAAAGAUGUUCACGUCGCAAGCAAAGAUGUGAUCGCAAGCUACCAUCUUGCAGUCAAUGCCUUGAAUCAGGGUCGGUGUGCAAUGAAUCAAAUCGAGAAAAUAACGUUAUACAACUGAACGACAAAGAAAUUACCCGCAAAGGAUACGUGACUGCACUCCAAGAGAGAAUUGCCUACUUGGAGGCAAAAAUAAGUGGAAAGGAUGGCCGCGCCAGCUCCAGUCUGCCCACUGAUGAGGCAGCCCAUAGCGUUGACGCCUCCGCUGACACGAUUCAACCCGACCCAUUACUCGAGCGCGGAGAUAUGGACAUGAACGCGCUGUCCAUGAGUGCUCUGGCUGAGCCGCGUAGUCGGACUGGUGAAUUCCUGAAGCAACUAUCCAUGCCCCGCAUUAUUGCUGGCAUGACCGAGACAUACGGAGGAAAUCCCGAAGAGACGUCUCGCGUUGAUUCCCUUUGGGACGGGAUAGCACAAUACAUACGACAGCCAAGUAGCAAGAGAAGUAGGCUAAGCAUUCGUCGUGAGGAAGCACUCAAAGCGUUGGACACAUACAUUGUAACGGUGGAUUUUCGCUUCCCCCGUCUCUCUUUGGCCAAGGUUCGGUCUGGUAUUGACGCGAUCACUGAUUCAGAUGAAUCAUACUAUCGUCGAGUGCUUUCCAAGGAUCCUUCCCACAUAUUCAUGGCGUACAUGACUAUCGGCAUAGUUCCUCUAAUAUCUGAAGACUAUCCAAUAUCGCAAGGGUCGUUUGUUUCGAUUCAUAUUUUGGCGAAGUGCAUGGAACUACUCGAUCGUGUCUUUGCGAAAGAAGAUGGUGUCGAUAUCAUUCAGUGCCUGCACCUACUUGUGAUUUUCUCGAUGCACUGCUCAGCAGCCGGAUCAGCCUGGCAUCUCAUUGGGUUUGCAAUGAACAAAUGCAUUGCCCUAGGGUAUCACCAGGAACCACUAAAUGACCAAUCGAAUGCGCUUGGAAUUGAGGAGAUGCAAGAACACCGAUGGGCUUUCUGGGGUUGCUAUUUCCUGGACCGACUGAUAUGCGCGGCUCUGGAUAGACCAUACUCUAUAGAUGACCCCUAUAUCUCGGUUAAGCUCCCCGGAGAAGAUCAAGCGUCUCCGAAUUUGACUUCCCAAGAAGCUUGUCAAGUUCAUUUGUUCCGGUAUGCACGGAUGCUAUCUUCAGCUGCAAGUCAUACUGUUCAACUCGGUCCGGAUUCACACUUGAGUAAUUUGAUCUUCUGGAGGGCUUCAAGUCCCGCUCUUGGAAAUCAUUCGAACAGAGAAGCACACCUCCACCAAACCUCCCUUUAUCAUACACUGAUGCUCCGAAAUGCUUUGUGCUACAUAGUUUCGGAAAACUCCUUUGAUCGUGUGGAGACGAACCUGAGUCGUCUUGGUCAAGAGUUCCAAGAGGGAAUCCACAGCGAUGCUGCGCGGCAGAUGUUCGAAUGCGAGGUAAAGCGCAGCAGCAAACUGAAGCUCUUGAACAUUUGUCAAGCAGUCGCGAAAAGCCUUGAUAGGCGCCACAUGAGUGGGCGUCAUUACCUAUCAGUUACCACUGGUUAUAGCGCGUUCUCGCUGGCGCUCGCUACCCUUCAUUGCCAGCUAGUACUCUCCUCGGGGCCAUCGCAGCCAGACAAUAUACCACCACUGGGCAGCAUAGCGGAUCAAAUAGACACUCCGGGGUCAGUUGCCAGCGAUGCAUUCGCACUUCAUCCGAGUCAAAUUUUGGACAUUGCAUGUCAGAAACUGGAGAUUGUGGGGCGCCAGUUCCCUCGUUUGCAAGAGUACCGGCUCCUGAUAGAGCGCUUGCGUCGGGUGUACAAGCAUCGUCAAGUCGAUGUGUUGCAGGAAAUAAUUCAAACCGAGCUGCGGGACUUGGAAGUGCUCAUAAGGAAGAUUGGACCAGUCUAUGUGAGGAAAUUUGCAUUGGUCGGCAUGGCUCCAUUUCUGUCCAAUACCGAAUCUACAUACACAGAGGAUCGCAAGAAAUUGUAUAUCCUCAGCGAGUUCCAUCCAACGGCUGUCAAAUACGCGCAGUCUCUCUUCGAUUGUAUCCUCCACACAGACCCGGAAGCUGCCAACUGGCGCAACAAUGCGACAGCGAUACUCAUAAAGGACUACUACAUAACGGACGCGGAUCUUGCUGCUGCCCCGCAACUUCGGGUGAUCGGGAAACAAGGCGUCGGCCUCGACAAAGUCGAUGUCGCAGCCUGCGAGCGCCGCGGCGUGAAGAUCUGCAACACACCCGGAGUGAAUGCAGGUGCUGUUGCUGAAAUGACACUCUGUCUAGCCUUCAGUGUGGCACGACAGGUACCAAGCUUGGUAACGCGGCAGAGAAUCCAGGGCGAAGUCAUCCGCAAGGAAACGAUCUCGGGCCUGCUUUUGUCGAAUAAGACCGUUGGCGUCAUUGGUAUGGGUAACAUCGGGCAAGCGGUCUCUCGCAUGUUUGUGGGUGGGCUUGGAGCCUCUAUCGUUACUUAUGACCCAUACUGGCCAGAGGAUGGUGCUGGCUGGAAAUCAAUCGCGCACACGAGAGUACAUACACUGGAGGAACUCUUGAAAGUGGCAGAUGUUGUAACAGUGCAUGUGCCGCUGACAGCCACUACAAAAGAUCUGAUUGCGUACGAGCAGAUGAAGCUCAUGAAACGUAAUGCAAUUCUACUCAAUACAGCGCGUGGUGGAAUAGUCAACGAAGAUGAUCUGGCGAAGGCUUUGGAGGAAGAGUUGAUCUGGGGAGCCGGUUUCGAUUGCCACGUGGAAGAACCGCCAACACUGGACAAGUAUGAACGGCUUUGGAACUGUGAAAGAUUCGUGGGCACGCCUCACGUUGCUGCAGCGGUGGAUGAGACACAGAUAGCCACUAUAAACGCCGCGACAGAUGGUGUAUGGCGGUUCUUGCACGAGAAAUCGUCAUAG